AUGGUUCUUCAAUGUUGCGUGCGAGGCUGCGAGACUGUUGGAAAGAGUGGGUUUCACAGUUUUCCGACAAACAAAGUGUCGGCAGAACGGUGGAUUGUGGCAACAAAAUCGCACCAUUUGAUUGAUCGACUUGCAGCAAAUAAACUAUCGAAUUCAUUCUACAAAGUUUGUAGAAAGCAUUUUGCUGAUACCGACUUUACAAAAAAUGGAAAAGGGCAGAUCAUCAUCAAGCAAGAAUCGACGCCAAGCCUUUUCCUGCCCGAUGGAUUUCCAGUUCAUUUACCUACACGAAUGUCAGAAAAGCCCGUGAAUACUGAAGAACGUUCGCAUUUGCCAAUAAACGAUACCUCAAUGAAUCAAUCGAGAACCGACAGUGACAUUGUAGAUGACGACAAUUACAUUGACGUGGAAGGCCUAAGCUCAGAAGAGGAAGUACGCGAAAAGACUGGUCAAAAGCGAACGAAGUGCUCCAAAGAAACGGUUUGUGGAUUAAUUGGAUUCCGUGGGCAGUCUACCUUUUAUGUGUUUUGUUUUGUAUUGUGUUCGUCUUGUAUGUUGUAAAUGUUCAAUAAAAUUAGAGGCAAUGAUAA